GUCUUUAUCUGGUUUUCUGUUCAGCCGUGUAUAAAUAAUGGCAUAAUGAAACUUAGAGAUGUACAGAAACCAGAGCAUGGCCGAGUCUUCACUCUCAAUAAUCCUUGUCAUUAUUCUCUUUUCUGGGUUAUCUCUUGGAAGAACAAGAAGAACAGAAUUGGUACCAGCUAUCAUUACCUCUACAUUAGGAAUAGCCCCCGGUGAUGGUAUUUGCUCAUCAAUGGUGAACACGCAAGGCUAUGCUUGUGAAGAACACUUGGUGACAACAAGAGAUGGUUAUAUUCUCAGUAUGCAGAGAAUUCCAGUAGGGCAGUCCGGUGGGUCGCAGAGGAAUAGGCCACCGGUUCUGCUACAGCAUGGGCUUUUCAUGGAUGGUAUAACAUGGCUCUUGCUACCUCCAAGUCGAUCUCUGGCAUUCCUGUUAGCAGACAAUGGGUUUGAUGUAUGGCUUUCCAACACUCGUGGAACCAAGUAUAGCCGUCAACACUCAUCACUAGCUACGAAUGGCUCGGCCUAUUGGAAUUGGUCAUGGGAUGAGUUAGUUGCUUAUGAUCUUCCAGCAACAAUCCAGUAUGUUCAUCAUUUAACAAGACAAAAACUACACUAUAUUGGACACUCACAGGGGACUUUAAUUGCACUGGCUGCUUUCUCUAAGUUCAAGUUGUCGAACAUGUUGAGCUCAGCCGCCUUGCUUAGUCCCAUUGCCUAUGUCAAUCAAAUGACAUCACCUCUGGCUAGAAAUGCUGCUGAAAACUUUAUUGCUGAGAUUGAACUUCCAUUUCUAACUUUUCACUGGGUGGACAAUUUUGUCAGACUAAGGAAGGAUGCUGUUAUAAAAUUCCUUGAGGACUUGUGCAAGAAACCAGCCAUUGACUGCACCAACUUGUUAACUUCUUUCACAGGCCCCAACUGUUGUGUAAACCCUUCAAUUGUGAAUAUUUUCUUGGAACAUGAACCUCAAUCAACAGCAACAAAGAACACGGUUCAUCUGUCUCAGAUGAUCAGACAAGGAACCAUAGCAAUGUAUGAUUAUGAGAACAAAGUUGAGAAUAUUAAACAUUAUGGACAGCCCUUGCCUCCAGUGUAUGACAUAUCAAGAAUUCCAAAUGACCUCCCUCUCUUCAUCAGUUAUGGUGGGGCUGAUGCUCUUUCCGAUGUCAGGGAUGUACGGCGCUUGCUGGAAAUCCUUGAUGGUCAUCAUGAUGAUAAGCUUGUAGUGCAGUACAGGGAUGAUUAUGCUCAUGCAGAUUAUGUUAUGGGUCAAAAUGCCAAGCAAGAUAUAUAUGAUCCUCUUAUAUCUUUCUUUAAGCUUCAAUGACAUCUUGAACAGGAUGCUCUAUACAAAUACUUACUUGAGGUUCCCUCUCUGUCUCAUAGAGCUGAACAAACACAGAAAUACUGAUAUUAUUUAUAGGAAAAGGAGAUUCCAAUUUUCACUUUUGUACAUGCUGCAGUUUUAUGGAACUGUGCUUUUAUUCCUUCAAAUGCAAUUAUCUAAUUGACUGA